AAACAACACAAAAAUGACAGUUCGUUCACAGUUCAGCUCGGAUUGUUUUGUUAACUUUUGUUUACAAACAAAAACAGGCAACUUAUUUCGAAAAUCUCCUUUUCUGAAAUAAAUGAAUACCCUUCUGAAAAUCCAAAUGCUGCGAGGCAGUGCAUACAAAGAGAAAAUAGCUAGACGAUAUUUACGAGAUAUAUCCGACUGUGUCAACCUACCGGACGAUUAUCUACUGCAGAACUGUGGAAUCAACAGAGCAGUCUUCCAUCAGAUAUUAAACAUAUUAGAGCCGGUUGUGCCGAGAACUCAACGUGCGAAUGGGAUUCCAUUUCCUCUGAAAGUUUUAGUCACACUAUCAUUUCUAUACAGUGGCUGCCAUCAGAAAUCCAUAGGGAAAGAUUUCAACUUGAGCAUAUCCCAGAAAUCAGUGAGUAGGGUCAUCAAAAUUGUUAUUGAGGGUCUCAAUGUUGUUCUUGAUAACUGGGUGGUGUUCCCGGCUUCAGCAAUGCAGAGAGAACAGGUCAAAGAAGGGUUCUACAGAAAGUACCAUUUUCCUGAAACUAUAGGUUGCUUAGAUGGCACCUAUGUGGAGAUUGUUUGCCCAAGAGAUGAUGAAGAAGCUUUCUAUGACAUGAAAGGUCAAUACUCCAUAAAUGCACAACUUGUUUGUGAUGCUGACAUGAUAAUCAUAGCAAUAUGCUGUAGAUUCGGAGGGGCUUCCUCAAAUGCGUAUAUUUGGAACAAAAUGAAUAUCAGACAUUUUAUUGAAAACAUUAGCAGGCAGGGUGAGACUGGAUGGCUUAUUGCUGACAACAAAUACCCUCAAAGAGCGUGGCUGAUGACACCAAUACAGCAAGCGCCACAGGGCACUGCAGAGUCUCAAUACAAUCACUUCCAAGGCCGGACAAAGACCUGUGUAGACCGAUGUAUCAGCAAACUCAAAGGCCGAUGGCAAUGCCUCUACAGGCGACCUUUACACUACACCCCGCAAAGAGUGGCUAAAAUAAUCAAUGCUUGUGCCAUCUUACAUAAUCUCUGCACAAAAGCUGGCCUGCCAGAUCCUGAGCCUUAUAUUGAUCCUGAACCAAUGCCAAUGGUUAAUGAGAUGACAGAGAUGCCUGAUGAUAAUGUCAAUGACUUUUAUAUUGGAAUGGAAGUGAGGAGGCAGUUGGCUGAAAGAAUAUAUUAUAGUGUUUAGGCAAAUCCACUUACAGUUUCAGUGGUUGCAAGGAAUCAACGAAUUAAUAAUACAGUCAUGAGUAAUAUAAUGUACCCACUUUAGGACUCUGUCGCACUAACAUAUUUAACAUUUAGUGAGACUUAUAGUUCAAUUUGUCAAAAAAGUUAAUGUGACAUGGUACCAAAAUGUAUACAUAUUAAUGCUCGUGACCGUACAUGUUUGUUAUAAUAUAGAAGUGUGGAAAUUAAUAUAACGAAACUGGAUGCUAUAUGAGCGUAAAGUAAAGACUGACAUAUAUUUUUAUAAAUUUUGUAAAUAUCAUCAUCAUCAACAGCCUAUAUACGUCCCACUGCUGGGCACAGGCCUCCCCUCAAUCAACCGGAGGGGGUAUGGAGCAUACUCCACCACGCUGCUCCAAUGCGGAUUGGUGGAGGUGUUUUUACGGCUAAUAGCCGGGACCAAUGGCUUAACGUGCC